GCCCUUCACGGACCCAAAAAAAUGAUGAAAUCCUGUUAAAUGGAAAGUGAAAUCCGACACCCCUUCCCUUCCCUGUGUUUCUUCUCGGGCCAUCACCCUUUCUGCCUUCUCUCAGCUCUGCGAGAUUCAUCCACCGCCGCUGCCGCCGCCGCUGCUGCCCUCCUCUGCCGUCGCCAUUGCCACCGCCCUCCUCGUCCUCCUCCUCCCCCCCGCCAUUUCCCUUCCCCUAACCUGGAUUUCCGCACACAUGUACCACUCAUCUCUUCCAAACCCUACCUCCCUGCUCGUUGCGGAUCUAGCGGCGCGGCCUGCGGGGGGAGUGGGUUGUGUCCCCAUCGUGGGUGCCAUGGCCAGCAUGGGGAGCCUCCAUGGAUUUGGGCGACAUCAAGGUGUCCCCCGCUCUUUGCCCCAUCUCCUCAGAUCGGCUUCCUGUACAGGCGGAGAGGUCGAGCACGGUGUCAGGCGCUUGUGGUGACGAGGUUCCUUCUCCAUCUGUAUCGCCAAGGGCCGCUUAGCAUCUUCGGUAAGCUCGGCAGGCUCGCCAAGCCAUGCAUCCUCUCUCUUACGGUCUUAAUAUGCGAGUAUGCUGUCUGUGGGGAGAUGGUCAUCCAUCCAUGCUCAGAUAUGCACACGUCGGACCAUGCAGAUUUGCAAUGGACCUACAUAAUUGGGGGUUCCUACUUUUUGGCACUGUCUUGCUUGAUCUCCUGAGUGGAAAGCACAUUCCAUCAAGUCAUCCUAGGAGCUGUUGACCUACAUUGAGCUGAGAGGAAAGGAAGUAGCUAGGAGGUAUAUGUAUAGCCAUUUAUUCUAUAAAGCAACCAUUACUUUGUAGUUCUGGUGGAUACUCUAUGUAAUCACUUUCAGUUCAAUAUUGUUGUGUAUUAUAAUCAUGAGAACUUACUGUAUAUACUGUGAGUGUGAACUAUGUAUGUACUGCCGUGAAAGGUAUCAUAUUGUGAAACAUGGGAUUCAGAAAUGUACACCGUGGAUCUAGAUUUCUUUUUU